CGCGAAAACCUGACAAAUCGCUACUACUACUCUGCUGAAAGAGAAAGAAACACCACCCCCCCCCACCCUUUUCUUCUUCUUUUACUUCUUUUACCUUUUCCCUUUUCCCCACCCGCACCCUUUUCAAAAGUCGAUUUGGCAAUGCCUGCUCCAUUCCACCCUACGCGUGCAUUCCAGGCAUACCAGAUCUUUGCGGCCAACACGGACGUCGGCAAGACCAUUCUGGCCACCGGUCUGUGUCGAGCAGCGGCACUCACGGCGAAGCAAAAGAAUCGCGACGUGUUCUACCUGAAGCCUGUGCAGACGGGUUAUCCUGUUGACAGUGACGAAAGGCACGUCAAAACAUAUUCUUCCGGUGUCGUUCAGACAGAGACCUUGUACAAGUAUGCCGACCCAGUCAGCCCUCACAUUGCCACAGAUAAGCCUCCGCACGAUGACGAGUUGAUGUCAAAGACAAAGCAAAGUCUCCUCAACUGUGUGCGGCAAAGCAGGACAAAGAAUGGGGCGUACGCAUUCGUUGAGACGGCUGGGGGGAUCCAUAGCCCCGUCAUGUCUGGAACACCGCAAGCUGAUUUCUAUCGACCUCUCCGUCUGCCAUCCGUGCUGAUCGGCGACAGCAAACUGGGUGGCAUUUCCACCACCCUAUCCACCUAUGAAUCAUUGGCACUGCGCGGCUACGACAUUCCCUCGAUCCUGCUGUUCCACAACGGCCGAUACCGCAACCACGAAAUGCUUGCAACCCAACUCGAUGGCCGAACCCUCGUCAGCGCCGUCCCUGCCCCACCCACGAAACUCGACGAUCCAAUCAAAGAAGCCGAGUCCAUGAUGACAUACUAUGCCCAGCUCGACGAACACAUGGCACCGGUCAUCAAACACUUGGACAAAGUCCACGAAGCCCGCUUCGAACGGCUGGCACAGAUGGAAGAAAAGGCCAAGGACAUCCUCUGGUGGCCAUUCACACAGCAUCAAAACGUCAAGCAAACGACCGUCGUCGACUCGGCCUACAAGGAUUACUUUUUGACGUAUCAAAAGUCCACCGAGACAAACGAAAUGGAGCCCAAGGAAAUGUUUGACAGCUGUGCCAGUUGGUGGACCCAAGGCUUGGGCCACGCGAACCCGCAAUUGACAUUGGCAGCCGCACGUGCUGCAGGCCGCUAUGGCCACGUCAUGUUCCCCGAAACCGCCAACGAGCCCGCCAUGUCCUUGGCCGAACGCAUCUUGGCCAAGGACACUUGGGCCUCCCGUGUAUUCUUCUCGGACAAUGGCAGCACCGCGAUUGAGGUCGCAAUCAAGAUGGCUUUGCGUGCUACGGCCAUACGCUAUGGCUGGUCAGAUAGCAAGCCCGUCGACGUACUUGGUCUGGAGGGCGGAUACCAUGGAGACACCAUCGGUGCCAUGGACGCCUGCUCACCCAAUGUGUUUAACAAGAAUGUGCAAUGGUACAAGCCCAAGGGUCAUUGGCUCCAGGCUCCCUCGAUCCAUAUCUCCAAGGGUAAGGUCCAUGUCCGUGUUCCUGAUGCCAUUGCUUCGAAGGGUGGCGGUACUUCUUCCGCGGCCUAUGCGUCACUUGAUGCAGUCUAUGCUACGGACAAGCGUGGCGCAGACCCAUUGGCCAAUGUGUAUAAAACAUACAUUCGCUCGCAACUCCAGGGUUUGCGCGACCAGGGUCGACACAUUGGCGCUCUGUUGAUGGAACCCGUGAUCAUGGGCUCGGGCGGCAUGAUCUUUGUCGAUCCCUUGUUCCAGCGUGUGUUGGUUGACACUGUCCGUGCCGAGGGUGCAGAUCUGCUGGGCUACAAAGCGCAGGAGCAGGCCAAGGGCUGGCAAGGCGUGCCUGUCAUUUUCGAUGAGAUCUUUGCUGGCUGGUACAGACUGGGUCGUCGAUCCGCCUCGGACUUUUUGGGAGUGAAACCCGAUAUUGUUGGCUAUGCCAAGACGUUGACAGGGGGUCUGGUGCCACUGGCAUUGACUGUCACCAAAGAAUCGUUGUUUGACAUUUUCUUGUCCGACAAAAAGGAAGAAUGUCUGUUGCACGGUCACUCGUACACGGCCCAUCCAAUCGGUUGUUCAGUUGCGGGCGAAACCAUUGACACGUUGGAACGCAUGGCGCGUGUCGACAAGCCUACCGAAUGGACAUCGUACCGUGACAACUGGAGCAGCAACGACACGUGGUCCAUGUGGAGCCCUGCCACCGUCGAUCGCUUGUCCCACAUGGAUAAAGUCGAAAGUGUCAUGAGUUUGGGAUCGAUCUUGGCGGUGGAACUCAAGGAUACAGAGGGCGGUUAUAACUCUAUGAUUUCCAAAAACAUAAUUCAAAAGAUGCGUCACGGUGACUUUGAUGAAGGCAAUGGUGCUGGUAUCAACUUGUUUGCUCGGCCGUUGGGCAACGUUAUCUAUUUGAUGACAUCGCAGAUAACGACGCCCGACCGUGUUCGCAAGUGUGAAGAUAUUCUGUUCGAAUGUCUCGAGCAGAAGCUGUAGAAGAACUGUUGAACAUCACCUAGAACAAGUUGUAGAUAGUACAAUUGUACAAAAACCCCAUUUCUCUUUGUAACAUUACCACUAAUCAUUUGAGCCCCCCUCUAUACUCCUCAUCCACUAAACUUUCACUUUUAUUACAUAUGUAACUGUGCAUAUUUCUUUUAUUAUCGUUAUGCAUGUCAUUUCAGCUCAAUCACUUGAAAGCCGUCCUCGUCCGUCA